GUUAUGAGGAGAAAAACAGAAAAUACUACACUUAUUAUCUGCAUCUAAACUCUCUCUCUCUCAAGUUCGAUCUUAGAAGCAAAGCUCUCUCCAUUUUCUGAAACACUUUCUAUGUUAGUUUUACAACAUAGAGCAUGUUGUUAUUGUGAUAUUGUGGUAGACUAGCUACUUUUCUUUUAUUGUAGUGGUGUUAUCGUAAAGUGACAUAUCGAUCACUUCUUUCCUUGCUGCAAUUCAUGGCUCACUGGCAGAUACUCUUAAGGAGUUAAACUAUCCUAAACUUUUUCUUUCGUAAGAGACCCAACGUAUCCUAACCUAAGUAGGGUAGAUACGUACAAAAAGGAAGAGGUUAAAAAAAAACAUCAGCUAGAGAGACUCAUCAUCUGUGGAGAGGAGAGGAAAAUCCCUAGGAAAAGAGAGAUGGUGCAAAUAUUGUCUCCUUGUUAUGUUUCUGAUUUCUUUUAUGACUCGGGGAAUGUGAAGAUAUGAAAACUGAAGAAUGCGGGAUUGCGAGUCCUAUGAACCAGCCAGAACAAGAAGAAGAAAAUAUGGUCGAUGUUAAUUUCUGCCUCGCACCACAAAGUGAAGAUAUGAAAACUGAAGAAUGUGCGACUAGGGGCAGAGCUAAGAGAAAGCUCCCCAGGCUUUACCAUGGGUAUUAGUUUUGGGGUUCAAAAACCAUGUGGUUGAAUGAGACCUUUGAUAAAAAAUGUUUUGGUUAAUGCUUUCAUUCUUCACUUUAUCCUUGUCAAAAUCCAGGAUUACAACUCAAAUCUAUUUUAAAUUUAAAAAACAUGUGAUCGAUAAACAUCUCUCAAACUGUGAUAAAAAUAAAAUAAAAACAUAAACUAGGCACACCUUAUACAUAAGUUGGUACAGGACAUGUAUCAGGACGAUAACACACGACAUACCCAUAGUUUGCACAAAGAGAGAUGGCGGAGAGAAACUUGCUCUGGUCGUGGAAAACGGAGCCCGAUGCCGUGUUUGAGAAUCUCCAAUGGACGAGGAUGAAGGUCCAACUUAACGAUUCUGAUCGCGCAGAGGCCAUCGCUGCCAUCCAAGAUGUCCUCAAAAAAUUGCAGGAAGAUGAUAAGCGACAUGUACUCUUCUCAAUCGCGUACGCCGUCCAACAGGAACUCUUUAAAUCUAAGGAGAUAGACGUGGAGAUUAUAAAAAAACUUGCAGCGUUGUACCCACGGUGCGUGGAGGAUGAUGACGAUGACGACGACCACGACCACGAUGACAACUGGCUGACUGCGGCGGCGGGUGAUUUUAAACUGUCAGCGGAUGCGGAGGAGGAGGAGGAGGAUGAGGCUGAUGAUGCUGAUGCUGCGGAUGAGGACUGGGAAGAGUAUGUGGAUGAGGAUGAGGAUGAGGCGGUGGCGGUGGCAGAUAGCGGGGAUGAUGAUUAUCUUAAAAAGAGAGAAGCAGCCAUGAAGGAGUUUGAAGAAGCGGGCAUCAAGGAAUUGAAGCGACAGUGCAAUAGUAUGGGAUGCAGUCUGAAACAAGGCCAAGAGCAGGAAAUCCUCAGUGUGAUGAUUUCAUUCUUUAGCAUACAAAAAUUCAGAGUUGAUCACGAAUAUCGGAUGAAAAGGUGCAUUGAAUUUUUCAUGUCACGUGUCAAAGGUUAUAUUUCUAGGUCUUGCAUCCUCGACGACUUGGAGACGGUGCACAAAGCCCUUGAAAGUGUGAAGAAGGAGAGGGAGGCUGAUGCUGAUCAAGUUCCACAACUGUUGGGAAAGAAUACUGUACCAACUAAUGAAGAAGGGAUUGCUACCCCCAUGAACCAGUUAAAACAAGAGAAAACAGAACGUGGUAUUGAAUGCGAGAUUGCGACUUCCUUCAACCUGCCAGAACAAGAAGAAAUCACCCUCACACCGCCGGAAUUUGAAGAUACGAAAACUGAAGAAUGCGGGAUUGUGACUCCUAUGAACCAGCCAGAACAAGAAGAAGAAAAUAUGGUUGAUGUUAAUUUCUGCCUCGCACCACAAUGGAAAGAUGUGAAAACUGAAGAAUGUACGACUAGGGGCAGAGAUAUGAGAAAGCUCCCCCAGCUUUAAUUACCAUGGGUAUUAGUUUUGGGGUUCAAAAGAUGGUCAAGAGGUGCUAUGUGGUUGAAUGAGACCUUUGAUAAACUGUGGUUCUCUGUGUAGGAGUAAUGUUUUGGUUAAUGCUUUCACAACCCAUAGGAAAUGCUGGUCACUUGCUUUCAGUCCCCAUAAAAUGAUACAACAUCUUCAGUCUGUUUUGCUGUCUAUUAACGGCUAUGCUUCCAAAUUAUAUGUAUAUCACACUUUGAGCCAUGUUAUGCACCUACGUACAGUUGGCUUCCAAGGACUGGCUCCAUAGAUGUUGAACCUAAGCACCCGGCCAAUUAAGGAGCCUCAACUCCAUCCUUCUGUAUUGCAAUGCAUUUAGCUGCCAAAGAGACAAUACAAGGAUCUAAUCAAGUGUAAUCUACUGCACAACUAUAGUCAAGGCACUUACUUAUGCUAGAAUAUAUAUCGUCCUUCUUCAUUGCAUGUUAAGGCUACCUUUGAGCCUUCACUUUUA